UGUAUACGAUCAAUUAGCGGGACUCUAAUUUUUACGGGCAGCCCCUGAACGCAGCACUGCAACAGAGCAGCCUGUGUGCCUCGCGCGGCGUCUCUCUGCGGCCAUAGUAACGCAGUCCAAACACUAAAUGCCUGAUUCAACCAAAACAGAACAAACAAGAGGUUUCAUGCAGUUAUUAUUCAGCAUGAAUCUGGCAGAGAUAUGUGACAACGCCAAGAAGGGACGUGAGUAUGCGUUGCUUGGGAACUACGACUCCUCCGUUGUGUACUAUCAGGGUGUCAUUCAACAGAUCCACAAACACUGCCAGUCUCUGAGAGACCCUGCACUGAAAACCAAAUGGCAGCAGGUCAGGCAAGAACUGACUGAGGAGUAUGAACAGGUGAAAGGCAUCAUGGGAACACUUGAGAGCUUCAAAUCAGAGAAGCCGGCCGACAUCUUUGCUCCUCAGGCAGACGACAAACCUGAGGACCCUGCAGUUUGGCCUCCGCCCACUCCUGCAGAACACAGGAAUCCUGUUGCAGUGAAGCGUCCCAACAGUGCAGUAAAACAACAAAGAAAGGACUCUCCUGGUCUGCAGCAUCGAGGGGCAGCACAAGCAGGCCGUGGUCAGGCCAACCCUAAGGGAGCCAGAGACGUGCGAGCGGCAAAGGCAAAAGACGAUAAGGGAAAGAAAGGGGCAGGUGACGGACCAGGGGAUAUAGACCAAAAAAGGUUUGACGGCACAGGAUAUGACAGUGACCUUGUGGAUUCGCUGGAGAGAGACAUUGUGUCCCGCAACCCUAAUGUACACUGGGAAGACAUUGCUGAUCUGGAAGAUGCUAAGAAGCUGCUGAGGGAAGCUGUGGUGUUACCCAUGUGGAUGCCUGACUUUUUUAAGGGCAUCCGUCGACCUUGGAAGGGGGUAUUAAUGGUCGGCCCUCCAGGGACAGGGAAGACCAUGUUGGCCAAAGCUGUGGCCACAGAAUGUGGGACCACCUUCUUCAACGUGUCUUCCUCCACCCUUACCUCCAAAUACAGGGGCGAGUCCGAGAAACUGGUCCGUCUGCUGUUCGAAAUGGCCCGGUUUUAUGCACCCACCACCAUCUUCAUAGAUGAGAUUGACUCCAUCUGUGGCAGGAGAGGGACAUCUGAUGAGCACGAAGCCAGUCGCAGGGUUAAAUCAGAGCUGCUGAUUCAAAUGGAUGGUGUGGGUGGGGCCUUGGAGAAUGACGACCCCUCUAAGAUGGUUAUGGUGCUGGCUGCCACCAACUUCCCUUGGGACAUCGACGAAGCGCUACGGCGACGUCUGGAGAAGCGCAUCUACAUCCCCCUGCCCACAGCCGUGGGACGUGUAGAGCUUCUAAAAAUCAACCUGAGGGAGGUUGAUGUGGCUCCUGAUGUGGACCUGGACCAAAUUGCUGAGAAGAUUGAAGGUUAUUCUGGUGCCGACAUCACUAACGUCUGCAGGGAUGCGUCCAUGAUGGCAAUGCGUCGUCGGAUCCAAGGCCUCAGCCCUGAGGAGAUACGAGCUCUGUCCAAAGACGAGCUGCAGAUGCCCGUGACCAUGGAGGACUUCACCCUGACACUCAAGAAAAUCUCCAAGUCUGUGUCUGCUGCUGACCUAGAAAAGUACGAAGCCUGGAUGGCUGAGUUUGGGUCAGUAUAGGAAGCUCCCAUAGGGACCAGAAUCCUGCUAACGGGGAUCAUAGCGUUGGAAAGGAUGAAGAUGAAGUUGGGAGUGUAUGUUACAGGGCUGAGGGAACCAGGCAGCACAUCGAGAUAAUACAGAGGCUCAGGUUCUGAUCAGAAGACUGGAACCUCUGAGAGAGCACGACGAGAACUCUCAAAGGAUUCACUGCUGCCCUUUCACACACACUCCUCGUUGCUUCAAGACAAUGGUCCUGUGCAGAGACUGCCAAUCAUCUAGUGACUGACAGAUCUGAGGAAGAACAGGUCGAACAUUUCUAACAAGCAAAAUUCCUUUUUUUUUUUUUUAAUGUAAAACCUAACCUGGAAUACGCACUCGGCCUCGUGGAAGAACACCUUGUGUCCUUGUAUUAAAUCUCCUGUACUUGUAUUAAAUCUCUUAAAAUUUUGCUGACCUUUACUAAGUCCAAUUUACCAACUGCACAAACCUGAUGUACAUUUUGCCACAUGUUUUACAAAUAGGUGAGCAAAUGUGAGGUUUAUUCAUUUGGAUAAUUGACUUGAAUCAUUUAAUAACAUUACAGUUAGCUCCUUCAGCAUCUUCCACGAGGCCUGUCGUCUUAACACUUUGCUCCUUUUAUUUACUACUGACUGAAUAUACUUGAAGAACCAUGGUGUUUGUGCUGUGACUGAUUUUUUCAUGUGUUGAAUGUUUUGUUUUAAUAUCUGUUUUAGUUCCAUUUACAUUAAUAAAUACAGCCAAUCUAAAUGAAUAUAAAUCAA